CCCUCUCUCUCAUAUGCCCAUCGCCAUCAUCAUCAUCGACCCCUCGAGCUCUGCUCCAUCACCAACUUGGAACUUCUGUCCCGACUCUGUUUCUCUUUCGGCUUUUCCCCACUUGAAAAAAAGGACGAGGAGGAAAAGUUGACAUAAACUCCAUAAACCCUAGUUCCCCCAACCCCAGCGCAGUGGGAAAGAAAGAGCUGUUCAGAAAAAGGAACGAGGAGAGAAGAUUGUGACCUUUUCGCAGCAUGGGCCAGAAACCCAGCGAGGCUUGUUCUCUUCUCUCCAGAACAUCGGAAGGAGAUGGUAGACCCCGUUUGAAUCCGAUGGCCGAGCCUUACACGCCACCUCAGCUCGCUCCCCAGAAGGUCCAGCAGCACCACCACCUGUUUCCACCUCCGCGCCUGGUGUUCGCAAGCUGGGGGCUUCCUUCGCCUGUUCAUUAUUAUCUGAACCCUCAACGCCGCAUGACGUUCUGCACUCGACCCAUCAGACACGGUGAGCAUGCGACCCCGAGGAAGCCCUGCCUAGUCUCCGGUGGUGAUCUUGGGAAGAAUCUCGGGAAAACGGAGGUUCCAAGAGCACCCUUUUGCAAGGAGAGGAGGAGAGGCGGUGUUCGGAGCUUUGUGCCUCCUCGGUCGAUGAGAGAGAGACAGAGGCACGGGAACCUGAUCACGGCCUCCUGCGGAGAGCGAAAAUGGGUUCAGAGGCAACACGACAGCAGCGACGAGAACAAACAUGGUCACGAUGGAGCUGUGCUUGGUAAGGCUUGCGUUGUUGCGGAGAAUGCGAAGAGCGACGAUGUUACUCGCAAUGAUCCGAAGGUUGUACUCAACGGAAGCACGACGGUCAUGAUUCGGAACAUCCCUAAUCAGUUCAAGAGAAAAGAUUUGCUGUACAUACUGGACAAGCACUGCGAGGAAGCGAAUGCCAUGGCGGAUUCGGCGGAGGACCAGUCCGAGUACGACUUCGUCUACCUUCCGGUGGACUUCAAGACUAAGGCCAACAAGGGUUAUGCCUUCGUGAACUUCACGAACCUGACCGGGGCGUCGGGGAUGUACCGGGCUUACCACAACUUCAGGUGGGAGUGUCUCCCAAUCAAGAACUUGAACUUCAGGAGCAGGAAAGUGUGCGAAAUUAGCCCCGCAAAGAUUCAGGGCAAGGUAGCGUUGGAGGGCAGCUUAAAGAACAGGACCUUCCCAUGUAGGGAGUACCAGCCGGUGGUCACCACUGAAACGCCACGCGAUGGCCGCCAGAAGAACGGUAUGCUCGUCGUCAUCGGGAAAUGUCCAGGUGCAGCUUCGGCACAAGAAACUGGAGCCAAAGCUCCCGCAGUGUCCGUGAACCAGGUUGACAGAUAGGUGGAGGCAUUUUCGGUUUACCACAUAACGGAGUUGAGCGUUCUCCUUCCCGUGUUUUCAUUCUCUCCCCGGAGGAAACAUGAGACGAAGUCCGGGGUGAAUUGGAAACACAUGGACUCGGGAACUUUUCCUUUGUGUUUUGCUGUCUUGUCUCUUUUUUUAAGGAAGAUACGAUGCAUCGUUUGUUCUACUUGGGUUCAUGAAAGAGGUGUUUGUAACAUACCUAUAUUUGGGGCGUUCCGGUAUAACUGGUUCUCCUUAAGUUUAGACAGGCUGUACAUUUGCCUGUUCUUAAUCAGGCAUUAUCACCGUUAUACUUCUGUUUGUUUUGCUUUGCUUGAUCGAUGCUCUCUUGUGUCCUGAACGAGUAAAACCUCUCGCCUUGGCCCGGUCUCUUAUCUCCACUGUUGAUUGCCGGUGCUCAGGAUGUUGAUUCUGCAUGAUCAUCAGCGGAGAUUAAUGGAUUCAUGUGGACCUGGGUCUAGUAAAGAAU